AUGCGACUCCUCAACGUCGACACGUUCAGUUUUACGGAGUACUUCGGGACGAUUCCCCCGCCUUAUGCGAUCGCAUCGCAUCGCUGGACGGCGGGCGCCGAGGCGAUGUGGGAGGAUGUCUACGAGACGAAGAGGACGGACACAGCGGGAUAUCGCAAGGUGCAAGGGUUUGUGGCAUACAUGAGGACACACCUGCCGCUGGUGAAGUGGUUGUGGGUCGACACGUGCUGUAUCAAGCAGCACGCCGAUCGCGAGCUGUCGGAAGCGAUCAACUCGAUGUUCCAGUGGUAUCGCAACGCGGAGGUGUGUCUAGCAUACUUGGAGGAUGUUCCCACUGUGAGCGACAUGGCUGCAUUCGAGCAGAGCGUCUGGUUCCGGCGCGGGUGGACGCUGCAAGAGCUGCUGGCGCCGGGCGUUGUGAUCUUUCUCUCGAACGAC